CCGUCCCCUCCCCUCCCCGCGAUGCCCCCCUCCGGCCCCCGGCCCGCCCCGUCGGCUCUGACUGAAGGCGGCACCUGCGGCGGUCACACGGCCGCUGGGCGAGCGGAGCGCGCACACUGUAGGAACAUGGAAUCCCCAACAACCGGUGGAGCCCCUGCCCCGAGUGACACUGCCCUGGGCGACCUCACGCAGACAUCAACAGGGCCAACAGAGGGGACGGUGCGGGGGGACAGCAGGGAAAGCGUGGCACAGGAGGGGCAGGCAGAGGCUGGCAGAGCUGAAGGAGGGGCUGGGGGGGAGGCUGCAGGGGAUGUGGGGAGUGAGAGCAAAGGGGAGGCAGCAGAGAAUGCUGGGAGCAAGGCUAAGGUAGAAGCAGUGAAGGACUGUGAGAGUGAUGCUAAGGGGGAGGCAGCAGGGGAUGCUGGGAGUGAGGCCAACAUAGUGGGAGAUGCUGGGAGUGAGACUAAGGAGGAGGCUGCAAAAGAUGCUGGGAGUGAGGCUAAAGAGGAGGCUGCAAAGGAUGCUGGGAGUGAGGCUGAGGAGGUUGCAAAGGAUGCUGGGAGCGAGGCUAAGGAGGAGGUUGCAAAGGAUGCUGGGAGCAAGGCUGAGGAGGCUGCAAAGGAUGCUGGGAGCGAGGCUAAGGAGGAGGCUGCAAAGAAUUCUGGGAGCGAGGCUAAAGGGAAGGCUGCAGAGGAUGCUGGGAAUGAGGCCAAGACAGCAGGGGAUGCUGGGAGCGAGGCUGAGGCUGCAGAGGAUGCUGGCAAGGAGCCCACAGCAGGGCAGGCUGCUGAGCGUGAGGCUGAAGCACAGACCAGAGGCAGCGCAGUGCCACAGGAGGAGGCUGAGCCGGGGCCCAGGCCGGUGGCAGCAGGCAGCACCCAAGGCCAGCAGGAGCCCACCUGGCAACAGGACGAGGAUGAUGAGCUGUGGCCAGAGUUCCCCCCCUGCUCGCCCACGGAGGGGGCCACCAGCCCCACCACCCCACUCUCCCCUACCUCCCCUGUGUCUCCCACAUUCCCUGUAUCUCCCACGUCUCCUUCGUCUCCUGUGUCCCCCACAUCCCCCACAGCUGGUAGCACUGAGAGCUCAGGUGGCAGAGAGAGUGGUGUGUCUGCAGUGGGGCCACGGGGACGGGUGCCCCCCAGGGUGGCAGCUGUGGGGCGGCCAAGAGUGAGCAGCCGAGCACAUGGACGCAGUGCCAUCCUGGAGAAGUUUGGGGGGGCAGCCACAGGCCCAGCCCCACACCUGAAGCGUGUAGGGGCCUCAGGCUCAGUGAAGGCCAUGCUGCUGGAGUGGUGCCGUGCCAGGACACGUGGCUACCAGCACGUGGACAUCCAGAACUUCUCGGGGAGCUGGAGCAGCGGUCUGGCCUUCUGCGCCCUCAUCCACAGCUUCUUCCCCGAUGCCUUUGACUAUGGCAGCCUGGAGCCGCAGGACCGCCGGCAUAACUUCACCCUGGCUUUCACCACCGCAGAGGAGCGUGUCGACUGUGCCCAGCUGCUGGAGGUGGAGGACAUGCUGCGGCUGGCGGUGCCGGACGCUAAGUGCAUCUACACCUAUGUGCAAGAGCUGUACCGCAGCUUGGUGGCCAAGGGGCUAGUGAAGACCAAGAAGCGCUGAGGGCACCCCAGCCCUAUUCC